AUGAUCAGGUUCAUCCUCGUCCAAAAUAGGCAAGGAAAGACCCGGCUGUCUAAGUGGUACGUCCCGUAUGACGACGAGGAGAAGGUCCGUCUGCGUGGUGAAGUGCACCGGCUAGUGGCGCCGCGAGACCAGAAAUAUCAGUCGAACUUUGUGGAGUUCCGCAACUACAAAGUCGUCUACCGCCGUUACGCCGGCCUCUUCUUCUGCGUUUGCGUCGAUGCCAACGACAACGAGCUCGCAUACCUGGAGGCUAUCCAUCUCUUCGUUGAGAUUCUCGAUUCGUUCUUCGACAACGUCUGCGAGCUGGACCUGGUAUUCAACUUCUACAAGGUGUAUGCCAUUUUGGACGAGAUAUUCCUUGCCGGCGAAAUCGAGGAGACGAGCAAGGACGUAGUCCUUUCACGGUUAGAGGAGCUGGAGAAGCUGGAAUAG